AUGGGCAACACGGUGCACAAGACCCUGCCAGAUACCAAUCAACAGACUCGCUCGGUAUGCCACAGGCCUUAUUACACACUGCCUAACGGUAGCCAUGAGAGGCGGUCUGUCCUCACGAUUACUGAGCCGCCACGAUUCCAUUUCCAGGCCAAAGGAAAAAACAUACGCCUGGACGCCCAUUCCCGCAAGGCCACCCGGAGGAACAGCUUCUGCAACGGCAUCACUUUCACCAACCGGCCCAUCCACCUGUAUGAGAAAGUGCGGCUCAAGCUGAUGUCUGUGCACCAUGGGUGGAGCGGGGCAUUGCGCUUUGGCUUCACCACUCACGACCCAUCCCAGAUGAGUGCAGAUGAUAUACCGAAAUAUGCUUGCCCAGACCUGGUAACGCGGCCAGGCUACUGGGCCAAAGCUCUGCCGGAGAGGUUUGCACAAAGGGAUAACAUCCUGGCUUUCUGGGUCGAUCGCCAUGGGAGAGUUUUCUAUAGCAUUAACGAUGAGGAGCCAACACUUUUUCAUUGUGGCGUCAAAGUCUCCGGGCCUCUCUGGGCGCUGAUAGACGUCUAUGGAAUCACCCAUGAAGUGCAAAUACUUGAUAGCAUGUUUGCGGAGACCGUGACUUCUGCACGCCUCAGCAAUGCACGCCUCAGCACUUGCCUUCCACAGAGCAGCCAUGAUUCAGCCAACUUCAACAACAACGAACUAGAGAACAACCAAGUGGUGGCCAAAAUCGCCAAUCUGAAUUUGAGCCGCGUGCCUGGGUUGUCGACUGACAACCACACCAUUCCCUGCUGCCCGAGCAGACGGCAGCUCGCCCAGGUGGUGCCUGCCUUUCUGGAUACCGAUUUGCGUUUCCACCCAACCCGGGGGCCUGACGUUAACUUUUCUCAGGACCGGAUGGCUGCCUGCACCAAUUGGCAAGAGAGCAAUAGAACUUUGGUUUUUUCUGACCGACCUUUGCACAUUGGCGAGAACCUCUUCGUGGAAGUGGGACACCUUGGGCUGCCGUAUUACGGGGCCCUGACAUUUGGCAUCACCUCUUGUGAUCCAGGUACAUUACGGACAAAUGAGCUCCCGGCAGAUCCGGAUUUUCUUCUGGACCGCAAGGAGUACUGGGUGGUUUAUCGAGGAUUCCCAGUCCUCAGCAACGGCGAUGUCCUCAACUUUGUAGUUUUGCCAAACGGAGAAGUGCACCAUGGAAUAAAUGGGAUAAACCGUGGUAUGCUGAUGUUCGUGGACACCUCACAGUCUCUGUGGAUAUUUUUCACAAUCCACGGUGUAAUCAAUCAGCUCAAAAUAUUAGGCACUGGGCAGUCCAGCCCUGCGACUGUCUCUCCCUCAGGAUCCCCUGGAGGCUCUCAGUACGACAGUGAUUCCGACAUGGCGUUCAGCGUGAACAGGUCCUCCUCAGCUUCUGAGUCGUCCCUAGUGACUGCUCCAAGUUCUCCUCUGAGCCCUCCAGUGUCUCCUGUGUUCCCACCUCCGGAGCCCGCGAGCAGUAAGAACGGGGAGUGCACCGUUUGCUUUGACAACGAGGUGGACGUGGUGAUCUACACGUGUGGACACAUGUGCCUCUGCAACACCUGUGGUCUUAAACUGAAGAAGCAGAUCAACGCCUGUUGCCCCAUCUGCCGACGGGUCAUCAAAGACAUCAUUAAAAUCUACCGCCCUUAACCUCACCCCCACCCCUUGGGAUGUGAAUGGGGAGGGGCACGAGAAAGAAUGUUGCUAGCAAUCGCCACACCUUGCUGUCCCUGCUUAUGGGUUAUUGUGCUGGUCAGUGAUUACUGAGUGGCUCUUUUGUCUAUAUUUCCAUGUUUCGACCAGUAGGAACAAAUCAGGGAUAAUUAAGUGAACUGGGAAACACUCUGGUACUUGUAGAGACUUGGAAGGUACAGCUGCAGAAUGGGAAGAGCUUGACAAAGAUGCUACUCU